AUGCGCGCGAGGCCUCCGCCUAUACUGGCCAUAUACGAAUUUAUCGAUUCUCCUGAUUUAGGCACUGAGGCUAAUCCUAUAGUAAUUAGAGAUGAUCCUAUACCUUUAGGCUUGGCUUCUAACCCUAUAAUGAUUUAUGUUGAUAAGGAUUGUGGCUAUGAUAAGGCAGAGCAACUUAGUUCUAAUGCUGAUACUGAGAUUAUAGCUAUACCGGAAUUCUGGGAGAAUUUGAUCGAUAAAAGCUUUCCUAUCCUAGUAAAUGAGCGUAUAGACGUUAACUCUAAUUAUCCCUACCUGGAUGAUAAAGCAACUAAGGACAGAGUGCCUAAGGUAAUAGAAGAUCACUCUGUUACUCUCUAUGAAACUGAGCAAAAUAAGUACAAAGAUAAUAACUGUCCGACGCAGGAAGCACUAUAUAGUACCACUAAAUGUAUUGCGAGUAAACUACCUUAUGGCUCUUAUGGCAGAUGGUCAGCCAAACGCAAACUUUUAGAUACUGACGGCGUUUCCCCUGAACUAAGACGGUCUAAACGAUUGACCAAAAGGGUCAGAUAG